AUGGUUAACCAAAAUCUUUUGAAUGCGUUUGAUUACUUCUCUCCUUGGAGUGGACAGCCACAGUUGUACAAGCUGGAUGUAAGCUGGCCUAAAAUUCCAGAAUACUUCACUGGUCAAACAUUUUGUGUUGCUGUUGACUCUCUUCAUGGUUUGGUCUAUGUUGCACAAAGGGGAGAAAACAUACCAAAGGUACUUGUGUUCUCAGAGGAAGGCUAUUUUCUUUACUCAUGGAAUAAUACACUUGAAAUGCCUCAUGGCAUCUUUGUAUUAAACACCGCAACAGAUAGUUCAGUAUGGAUUACAGAUGUUGGAACAGGGAAAUAUGGGCACACUGUGAAACAGUAUAGCCCUUCAGGUAAACUUAUGCAGAUCCUGGGCACGCCAGGUAAUGCUGGUUCAAGUUUGAAUCCCCUACAGUUUGAUCAACCGGCAGAGAUCUUUGUAGAGGAAACUGGGGAAAUGUAUGUUGUGGAUGGAGAUGGAGGGAUGAAUAACCGAUUGCUCAAACUGUCCACAGAUUAUAAAGAGAUAUGGCUGCGUGGACCAAAUGGGACUGGCAUUGGUCAAUUCAGGAUUCCUCACAGUGUAACAGUGGAUUCUUUUGGACGGGUAUGGGUUGCAGACCGAGACAACAAAAGAAUCCAGGUUUUUGAUAAAGUCACAGGGGAAUGGCUGGGGUCUUGGAGCAGCUGUUUUGUGGAAGAUGGUCCUUAUUCUGUCAGAUUUACUGCCAAUGACAAGUACUUGAUUGUAGCUCAGCUGAAUAUCAACCGGUUAUCCAUCUUGGCAGCACCACCUGUUGGCUCUAUUGGGAACUGUGUUGUAGUCAACACAAUCCAGCUGGCGGAUGAAACCAAACCACACCUUCUGGACGUAGACCUGAAGAGCGGAGCAAUUUACGUGGCGGAGAUUGGAGCCCAGCAAGUACAAAAAUAUGUACCCUUAAACUAAUGGUUUUCCACAACCACCAUGGCACAAGCUAUGUGGCAUAUAAGACGUAUGAUCACAUUUUCUCAAGUUUUCUGUAGCUUGUGUUUCCUUAAGACAGGCGCAGAACAUUGUGUUCCCAGAACUGUAGGACUCACUGCCCUAGCCAUUCUGCAGUCCUGGAGAAGUACUUGCUCUUGGGCUGUCACUCAAUUUAGUGAUGUUAUGGUGGCUUUUCCUUUUGAUGCUUAGAUUUGGAAAAUGACUUUGAUAAGUAUCUUAAUUUUAUCUUAUAAAAUUUUAUAAAUACAGCUGCUGUUCUUCAGUGUCUAGAGUUUCAUCCUGAGACUCCUCUACCUGUCCUGCAUGCAUCGCAGAACUGGUCUGAGAAGUGGAGAGAAGUGGUCUACAUAGUUGAUUUCCUGGGAGCCAAACACCUCAUUUUAAUGUUUCUUCAUGUUUUUUGGAUCCUUUUGCUAACACUGUCCAACACUGAAUGCAACAUGGCGUUAUGGCGUUGAAUGAGAUGCUGCUGGAUAUUGAAGUCAGUGUUGACACUGGCGUUUGCUUUGGGUGGAUAAUAGCAUCAGCACUGAAAUCAAAGUUUUUAGCCCCAGCUAAAGCAAUCAAGUUUGUAAUAGGUUUCAGUUAAAUUUAUAUCAUGCACUUCAAACAAAAUUAAAAGUGUGUGCACAGCAGCCAAGUACUGAUUCUUAACUAAAUUAAAUCAAAUCAGGUCAGGAA